AACCAAGAUGGCACCUCUGCAGCGGCGCUGCGAGACGGAAGUGACCUGUUAGCUGGCAGACUGGGCCACCAUGGCAGCCGCGGCCACCUCCCCCGCGCUGAAGCGGCUCGAUCUGCGCGACCCCGCGGCGCUUUUUGAGACACAUGGAACAGAGGAGAUCCGAGGUCUGGAGCGCCAGGUUCGGGCCGAGAUUGAGCACAAGAAAGAGGAAUUGCGGCAGAUGGUAGGCGAGCGGUACCGCGACCUGAUCGAGGCAGCCGACACCAUCGGCCAGAUGCGCCGCUGCGCCGAGGGGCUGGUGGACGCCGUGCAGGCCACCGACCAGUACUGCGCCCGUCUUCGCCAAACGGGCUCGGCUGUGACCCGGCCGCCGCGGGACCCGCAACCACAGCCAUCCCAGCAGAAGUUCUACAGCAUGGCUGCCCAGAUCAAACUCCUCUUAGAAAUUCCAGAGAAGAUCUGGAGCGCAAUGGAGGCCUCUCAGUAUCUCCAUGCCACACAGCUGUACCUGCUCUGCUGCCACCUGCACAGCCUGCUCCAGCUGGAUUCUUCUGGCUCCCGAUAUAGCCCCAUCCUCUCCCGAUUCCCCAUACUCAUUCGGCAGGUGGCAGCGGCCAGCCACUUCCGGUCAACCAUUCUGCAUGAAAGCAAGAUGCUACUCAAAUGCCAAGCCGUGUCAGACCAAGCUGUAGCUGAGGCCCUGUGCUCUAUAAUGCUCUUAGAAGAGAGUUCUCCUCGUCAAGCCCUGACAGACUUCCUGUUGGCCAGAAAGGCAGCUAUUCAGAAACUUCUCAACCAGCCGCACCAUGGUGCUGGCAUCAAGGCUCAGAUUUGCUCUAUAGUGGAGUUGCUGGCCACCACUUUGAACCAAGCGCAUGCUCUUUUCUACACUUUACCAGAAGGUCUGCUGCCAGAUCCAUCCCUGCCAUGUGGCUUGCUCUUCUCAACUCUCGAGACCAUCACAGGCCAGCAUCCUACAGAAAAGGGCACUGGUGUUCUACAAGAAGAGAUGAAGCUCUGCAGCUGGUUCAAGCACCUGCCAGCAUCCAUUGUUGAGUUCCAGCCGGCUCUCCGGACCCUUGCACAUCCCAUCAGCCAGGAGUACCUGACAGACACACUGCAGAAAUGGAUCCACAUGUGCAAUGAAGACAUUAAAAAUGGGAUCACCAACCUGCUUAUGUUUGUGAAGAGCAUGAAAGGCCUGGCAGGCAUCCGGGAUGCUGUGUGGGAAUUACUUACCAACGAGUCCGCCAGUCACAGCUGGGAUGUGGUAUGCCGGCGGCUUCUGGAGAAGCCACUCUUGUUCUGGGAGGAUUUGAUGCAGCAACUGUUCCUUGACAGAUUACAGACGCUGACAAAAGAGGGCUUUGACUCCAUCUCCACUAGCUCCAGAGAACUCCUCAUUUCCGCUUUGCAGGAGCUUGAAAGCAGCACCAGCAAGUCCACUUCAAACAAGCACAUCCACUUUGAGCAUAACAUGUCUCUCUUCCUCUGGUCCGAGAGUCCCAAUGACCUGCCUUCUGAUGCUGCCUGGGUCAAUGUGGCAAACCGGGAUCAGUCUGCUGGCAGCGGGCUCUCCAUGAAAGCUCAAGCUAUCAGCCCUUGUGUCCAGAACUUCUGUGCUGCCCUAGAUUCUAAAUUGAAGGUUAAAUUGGAUGAUCUCCUUACUUACCUUCCCUCUGAUGACUCGUCACUGUCCAAGGACAUCUCCCCCAUGCCCAAGAACUGUGCUUUUGACAGGUAUGCUGAUGCUGAGACUGUGCAGGAGAUGCUGCGGACUCACUCAGUGGCCUGCAUCAAGCACAUCACGGACUGCAUCCGGGCAGAGCUGCAGAGCAUCGAAAAAGUUGUGCAAGGCCAAGAGGAUGUGCUCAGCGGGGUCAAGCUGCAUGCGGUCCUUUUCAUGGCCAGACUCUGCCAGUCACUGGGAGAACUGUGUCCUCACCUGAAGCAGUGCAUCUUGGGAAAAACAGGGAGCUCCGAAAAACCAGCAAGGGAUUCUAGGGCUCUGAAAAAACAGGGAAAGGGAAAAGCUCAGAAAGUCCUACCAUCACAGGCCCAGUGGCAGGAGGUUAAGGAACUCCUCCUACAGCAGAGCGUGAUGGGCUACCGGGUCUGGAGCUCAGCGGUUGUGAAAGUUUUGGCUCAUGGCUUCACCCAGGCACUGCUUUUAGAUGAUGCUGGCUCAGUCCUGGCCACGGCUACCAGCUGGGAUGAACUAGAAAUUCAGGAGGAAGCAGAGUCUGGCAGCAGCAUCACAUCCAAGAUCCGACUCCCUAUCCAGCCGUCCUGGUAUGUACAGUCCUUCCUGUUCAGCUUGUGCCAGGAAAUUAAUCGGGUUGGAGGCCAUGCCCUGCCCAAGGUGACGCUGCAGGAGAUGCUGAAAAGCUGUAUGGUUCAAGUAGUAGCUGCCUAUGAGAAGCUCUCAGAAGAAAAUCAGAUGAAGAAAGAAGGUGCAUUUCCAAUGACCCAGAAUCGAGCACUGCAGCUGCUUUAUGAUCUGCGUUAUCUCAACAUUGUUCUGGCAGCCAAGGGUGAAGAGGUGAAAAGUGGUCGCAGCAAACAGGACUCCAGUCUUUUUUUCAGAACUGAGAAAGUGGCUGACUAUCUGGAAGCACUCAUUGACCCAUUCGACCUGGAUGUUUUCACACCCCACCUCAGUAGCAACCUGAGCCGCCUGGUCCAGCGAACUUCGGUUCUAUUUGGACUGGUUACUGGUACAGAGAAUCCGUUCACCCCCAGAAGUGGUACAUUCAACUCCCAAGAGCCCCAUAACAUACUGCCACUGGCAUCAAGUCAGAUCAGGUUUGGACUUCUUCCACUGAGUAUGACAAGCACUCGAAAGGCCAAAUCCACCAACAGAAGCACCGAAUCAAAAGCCCAGGUUGUCCCCCCGGCACUCUCCCGAGCAGAUGACCCGACGCAUCCUGGCUCCUUAUUCAGACAGCUUGUCAGUGAGGAAGAAGACUCAUCUACACCUUCAUUGUUCAAACUUGGUUGGCUCUCUAGUAUGACUAAAUAACACAGGAACAUAUCCAUCACUCUUCAAAUAAAUACUACUGCGUCAUUUCUACUAAA